AUGGAUCCGCACCUGUAUCGUUCUAUGAGGGAACAUUUUGAUGCUCGUAAAAAUGACAUUGCUUUGUUUAUUAAACGUGAUUUAUUAUCAGACGAAGAAAAAAAUACUGUACUUACCAAUUUAUGGUUACCAAAUCAUAAUUACGUAUUUCCAUUAAAUGAAAAAAACAAAAAAAGAGGUUUAAAAUUUCAGUAUAAAUGGCUGAACGAAUUCAAUUGGCUUGUUUAUUUGGAAGUUGAAGGUGGAGCUUUUUGUAAGCAUUGUGUUGUUUUUGCAAAAACCGGUGGAAUAAGAAAUCAAUCUUUAAAAUAUUUGGUUAGUGAAGUAUUUGAUAGUUGGAAAAAGCUAAAGAGAAUUAAACAAAUCAAGGCGAAUAGAGAGCGACUCAUUUCAAUCGUUGAUUGUGUCAUACUUUGUGGUCGUCAAGAGAUUGCUCUACGAGGGCAUAAAGAUUAUGGAAAAAUUGAUAUGGAAUGUUCAUUUAAUCAAAGCAACUUUAGAGCCAUAUUAAAGUAUAGAACAUAUGGUAAUGAGAUGUUAAAGCAUAUCAUUACAAAUGAAGGACGAAACAAAUACCUAACUCCUCAAAUCCAAAAUGAAAUCAUAACAGCAUGUGGGGACAUUAUGCUGUGA